UACUGCAAUGGACGCACAGAAUUGAGGAUUAAAGUUUAUUUCGGUUCUUGAUAUCUCCGGAUCCUGUGUGUACCGCUAAAAGAUAUUUGUGCCAGUGCGAAAAGAUGAGUGCAAAACAGCAAAGUGAGGAUACACCAGCCCAUACCAAAGCUAGCGAAAUGUCCACCGAGAAAAGGGAGCACCAUGCAGACGAAAAAUGCAAUGCCGGGUUGUCGUCGCAGGAGGAUGCUGCCAUCCACAUUUACGCUACCAUCGCAUUUAUUGUGAUUAUCAUUGUUAUUGGAGUCCCAAUGUGGUGGAAAACGACUGAAGUCUACAGGGUUUCAUUACCGUACACUGAAAUCGAAGCGUUAAACGACGUACCAAUAAAGGCCACAUUCCACCUUGGACUGUUUUGUUCUUCGUCAGAAAGGCGAGAAAUUCUUGCAUUUGAAUUGCGUAAAAAAUUUGAGCAAAACUUUGUUUUCGAAUUAGACCUUCAAUUAUUAUCCUUGGGUGAAGACACAACUGCUACUAUCAAAACACCCGCUAAACUAGAAACAGAACUUCUUAAACUGUUCCCAGCGUCGGUUGGACAGUUUCUGUUCAUCGAGUGGCCCAAGCUAGACGACGAUGUGCUCGUUACGUCUGAACGUACUGCAUUUAUAUCGGAAUCUGCUACAUCUCUCAAAAUUUAUCAUGUAUUAUCGUCCUGGAUUUUACAAGAGUACAAGCUUAAAGCGAUUCUCGGCUCGCGAGAUAUGCAGCAGACUACAAAAGGACGACAAUUACGCCUGAAUUCCGCACCCCUUCAACCACGAUAUGAGGUGCUCAUUACGGUGUUAAACCCUCGACCCGAUUUGCAGAAAGUCCACUGGAAUGCGCGUGCAGCAGCAGAGAAUUAUAUUGAACCAUUUUUGAACGAACUCUCCGGAAUCACCAAUUUUACCAUAAAAACCCAGUGGAUCUAUCAAGUAGGCCUUGAGGGGGUAGGCGCGCAAGCAAAACAGGUACCGGACGAUUCUAAGACCGGUCGUCAUUAUGCACUACCAGAGGAUAGUUUGCCACACAUUAUUACUUCCCUCGAAAAGAAACUUGGCACACAAAUCACGGACAAUCCCUGCAUUCACCUGGUCGUCUAUGUCCCACCAUGCGCCCAAGCUCCACUGAAGAUUUACCGGAAAGAUGGCCAGCGUGCAUCACUCAUGAGCGCAAAUGUGGAAGCUUUCACCUCAGCGAAAUGGGGUGGCAUAGUGUUUGCGAAUCCGGCAGAGACCACAUGCAUCCGUUACAUGGAAGAUGAGCAAUUUAGUGACGUGUAUGUUCACGCGCAGGAUGUAAUGCCUGUGUUGCUGUACCAAUUGAGGAAAAUAUUUGACCUCGAAAAUAAUGCCCCCUUGCUGGACACAACGCUUGUGCCGUACAACAGUAUUGAGCCCCGCACCUGGGAGGUGGAUACCUUCAUUCGGACCAACACCAUCUAUCUAGUGCAUUCUGCAACUUCAACGCUGCAAUCGUUAAUUCAACUUCUGGGCGGUAUCGAAUACAUAGUCAUCAACGAUGAAGUUGGUGCUGCCAUCCAAAACGCUUACCAUAAGGUUAUCGAGGCAAAGCAACAGUUAGCACAUGGCAACUUGCAGACGGCGGCGUUUAUAGCGCGCGAAGCCUACACUUCGGCCGAGAGGGCCUUUUUCGAUCCGAGUUUGUUGGCACUGCUUUACUUUCCAAAUGAGCAGAAGUAUGCGAUCUACAUUCCACUGUUCCUGCCCAUCAUGAUACCUGUCGUGUUUUCGUUCAACACCAUUUUAAAAUAUUUCCGCAAACGAAAACCAUCGAAACAGUCAAAGUCGAAGGAGGAAUAAAUAAACAGAAACCAAUUUUAAUUAUAAUAAAAUU